GCAGAGCAUUGAAACAGGGACUCCCCUGCGCUUCCAUCAUCUGCAGGGAGGGAAAGAACACUCACACACAUGCACAGCCUCCCACAUACACGUACACACACACACAGUGCUGAGAGCUAGCAAGGGGCUUUAAACAGCUACACACGAAAUAGAGACAAAGGAACUGUAACCUGCCACAAUGGAGGAAAACAUGGAUGAAUCGCAAAACCAGAAAGGCUGUAAGGAGUGCUGUGAGCGAUGUGUGGGCAGCCUACCCUGGGCCUCUCUCAUAGCUACUAUUCUCCUCUACAUGGGUGUGGCCUUGUUCUGUGGGUGUGGCCACGAGGCUUUGAGCGGCACUGUCACCAUCCUCCAGAACUACUUUGAGGUCAUCAGAACCCCAGGAGAAACGCUGGAUGUGUUUACCAUUAUUGACAUCCUGAAGUACAUCAUCUAUGGUCUUGCAGCUGGAUUCUUUGUGUUUGGAGUCCUGUUGCUGGUGGAGGGCUUUUUCACCACUGGAGCCAUUAGGGAUCUCUAUGGAGAGUUCAAGAUUACUGCUUGCGGACGCUGCCUGACUGCAUUUCUGAUGUUCGUGGCUUACCUGUUCUUCCUGGUAUGGCUCGGAGUGACAGCAUUCACCAGCCUGCCAGUCUUCAUGUACUUCAAUAUCUGGUCCAUGUGUCAGAACACCACCUUGGUGGAGGGAGCCAACCUUUGCCUGGACCUGCGUCAGUUUGGAGCAGUGACCAUCUCUGAGGAGAGGAAGGUGUGUACAGGAUCUGAGAAGUUUUUCAAGAUGUGUGAAUCCAAUGAGCUGGACUUGACCUUUCAUCUGUUUGUGUGCGCACUGGCAGGAGCAGGAGCUGCUGUCAUUGCCAUGGUCCAUUUCCUCAUGGCUCUAGCUGCUAACUGGGGCUAUCUGAAGGAUGCCAGCCGGAUGCAGAAGUACGAAGACAUCAAGUCAAAGGAGGAACAGGAGCUGCAUGACAUCCACUCUACACGCUCCAAAGAACGCCUCAAUGCCUACACAUAAGCACACAACUACGAGAAAUGGUACACAUAAAUACCUGUCAGACACACAGAAGAUGAUACAUGCACACACGCACUCACAUACACAUGGCCAGACACAAGCCUAAGGAUAGUAGACACAUAAAUGAAAAAAACAACCCAAACAUGCAUUCAGACACACAAAUAAAGACAUGAAUAGGCAGAAAUUAGUUGAUGAAAAAUGAAUAUAAACAAACACCAUUAUCAUCCUUGUGUCGGCAGUAGAUCAUUGAGUCAGGUUUAGACUUUGGCAUCCAUCAUGUGGGUUUACUCCAAACAUACUUUUAACCUUGACAUCUGCCUUAAAAUAAAAGGAAGCUUUUAGCUUUAACUUAAAAGUGAAAAUUAUCCCAAAAUAACCAGCAGAGACCACCUUACCAGAGGAAGCAGUGAUGGUGCAGAAGAGUGUGUGUCACUAAAAUUCACUGCCAAGCUAAAUAUACGAUCAAUCUGUCAGAAUAGUUCCAAAAAAUAAAUCUGGCUACACCAGUUUUAAGAGGAUUUCUUAAUAUAAAGGCCUUGAUGUACCAGGAUCAGCCUCAACAUUUUGGUGGAUUUUGGUUAGCUGUUUUAGAAUUAGCAUUCUGCGAUGUGUGAAUAUGCCUUUUCCUUUAUGACUGCAAACAUUUUACUAAAAGAUCCUUGUUUGUGUCAGUGUCAGCUAUACCAGUGCUCAACAGAUCAUCACAACAUGUUGCAGAACUGCUAUGAGCUGUAUGCAUGACACACCAAAGCCAAUAGUCUACAGCAGACACAUGGAUGAGUUUGGUGUUAGUGAGCUCAUCAUUGUGCUGUCCAAAAGGACAGUGUCACUGUAUCCCCCCAACAGCCUCAAUACAUAUUAUCACACAUUAUCUCUCACACACACACACACAAACAUAGAUGUGGCUGAAUGGUUGGUGUUGUGCAGGUAGUGUAGUAUGGUGGUGUCAUGCUGUGUUGUGUCUUUUCGCCACUUUAUGAUGACUGGUACUGCGGAGAAAUAUGGUCCCAGAGGAAAUAUGUACCUCCUGGGUACAAAUGGGUAGCUUUGCUAACUCCCUCCCCUUUUCCCUGCUUUUUCAUCCAACUCCACCACUCCUCUUUAUUCACUCUGUGACCUCUUCAUCUUGAGCCCAGUUUCAUUAGUUGUUCCACACCCAUUCGUAACACAUACUGUACAGACAGGAUAUCCCUCAAGAUUUUUGAAAUUAAAUGCAUUUAAGCAGGCUUAAUUUUUAAUUGUAAUGUUAAGUAGACCAUAUAUUAAGAGAUACAGUAUAUAGAUGAAUUGGUGUCAUAAAUAAUUAAAAAUUCUUUUAAUAUUGCUUCAUUUAUAGUGUAUAUCACAAGUCAGGGUUCUGUUAUCACAGUAAACGUUAUAAUUAUGGCAGCAGGGAUUUCAAAGAGGCCAUUUAAAACAACUAGUGAAACAGGGCUUUGUGUCCUCCUUUCAUCCCCAAUUUGUAUAAACUUGUGAUUUAUCCCCAGAAACAGCACAUCUUAACAGCACAAAGUCUUUUUAAUGUGUCCUAUUUCUCAGUAGUCAGUUAAAUAAUGUUUUUUGCUUGUUUGUUUGUUUUUUUUUUUGCCAUGUUUUUAUAAAUAUUGUUUGUGUGUAAUUUAAGCAUUGGGGAUAUUUAAACGGGACUGGUGUUGGGGGGUUGGAUUAUAUCUCUUUUACAUUUUCUGUAUUUCAGUGGUUCUGCACACACAAAUACACACAUACACAUUAUGUUGCAAGUUUCUUUCAGUUUAUUGUCAUGUUCUCUUUCUUCUUUCUUUCAACAAGCCCUAGUGUGACCAAAAUGUAUGUGACAGUUCACACAGUAACAAAAAUCACUGAUACUAAUAUUCAGCUUGGUCAUUGGUAAAUUGGAGAGAUGAUUACUGUGAUUUCUGGCUGGUGUCUUGGUUGUGCAAAGAUGGAGGAUUCAAUUCCCAAACGCAUUUUACAUGUUGUAAAAGUAUAGUUAUUUGUAAUAUUAUUUGAAGAGUUUGGUUGAGUUUGUAAGGUGGUGGGAGCACUGGAUUCUAAAAUUUAGGAGAAAAAAAGAUCUGGAGAUGCUAAAAGAACCAGGGAAAGAAGAUGAAACUCAACAUAAAGCUGCAGGGAUUGAUUUCACCAGAUUAGUGUUAUUCAGAAGGUGCAAGAUGAACAAUGCUCCAGCCAAUAAGCUCAUGGAUUGAGAACAAAUUACUUUACUGGAUAGGUUUGUGGUUUCCAGUUCAUAUCUGGUGUCUCAGUUCAUCUCCUUAGGUGCUAAUAUAUUGUAUGCUGUAUAUUAUAUUGGGGGUUUUUUUAUUAGCAGAACCACAGUACAUUGAUGCAACAGAAAUCUGCACAGCUUGGAUCUUAAGAUUGUGAUAGUUCUAACUGGGAUUUUGAUUUUGGAAUCAAAUUCUAAACAAGAUUUUUUUUUUUUUUUGCUGCUAUGCUGGGUUUUUUAAAGAGACUGAUUUAGCUUGUUUGAACGUAUAGGUCUGAUGCCAAAAAUCAGGAUAAUGUUGAUCCCACUGGAGGCAUGAAUAUGUUAUUAAGCAGUGUACAAAUGUGGGAUUUGAAAAUUGAUCUUAUUUAAACUUAGUCUGUCACCAGCAUCCAGGGGUGUUAUGUUUGUAUCAUAUGUUUAGUUGUGUUGAGCCAUCCAUUAGAGUGAAACGAUUGUAUGUGAUGUCGUGGUUCUAGGUGUGAAGGAACGAAAUGAUUCUCUAUCUGCCAGUAGAGAUGACUGAGAGAGAAUUGUCUUCAGAAUGAUUACUGUACUGAUGAAGAUGGUGAUGAUGGCAAUAGUGAUGAUGACACUGGAUUGAUUUGAUGAAACUACCAGCACACACAUAAACACUCACACAAAUACACACACACUCCACCACCAUCAUCACUCUGAGCCAUAAUUCUUCGCUCUUUUACUUUUCACCAAUAUCAUUUCACUAUUUUAUUAUCAACUUUUAAUCUCUGAAACUUUUUAAAUGUGAAAACAUUUACUUAGAAAAAAAGAUGGUUUUUUUUCUUUUUUGUAGGCAGUAUUAAGCACUGUACCUACAUUGACUCUGUAUAAAGAUAUACAUAUAUGUGAAACAGUUGAAGUGAGCAGCCAGGAGAAUGAUUUCCUGUACAGUAGGUUACAGAGUCUGGAGGAGGUGGUUCAGUCCCAAUGUCCUGAGCUUCUACUUCCUAAAGAAGCUGUAUUUACACACACAUGGAUGAUAUAGGAUUUCUUUGCAAGUCUUUGCAACACAGUGAUUAUGCAAAAUGCGGAUAAGUGCUAGAAAUUGUCAAGUUUUUAGACUGCAAGAUGGUUGUCACAUUGUAGUAUAUCAAUUGGCUGAUUUGAGUAAGAGCAUCAAAAUAUCUAAAACUAUUCAUGUGCUUUGAAAAGAAUUUGGAAAAGAGACCACUAAGAGCCACUAAAGUCAUUCUCUCCAAACAUGUAUGAAAUCUAAUUUACUCCAAGAUUAUAUUGGUAAAACAAGGUUUAGACAUGUUUCUUUGUGUUGUGUAAAUGCUGCUGAAUUUGACAUAUGAAGUCAAAACAAAAAAUACCAACCAUCAUUGUCAGUGAGGGGAGACUCCACCAGACUCAUGUCCUGUUGAGUACACCAUGGCUGCGUACAGUCAGUAUUUUUAAGGGUCUAGUUUUACAGUAACAGUAUCCUGUCAUUUCAUUGCCUGACAAUGGAUGUCUUGUCAGUGUUUUUAACCUCAGAUAACAGAAAAAAAUAGUUUUUGUGCACUUAUUGACCAUUGUGAGCUCUCUCUUAUUCUUGGUGUGUAAGUGCAUUAAGAUCCCCAUUGUGGGACCUGUGUAUAGUCUUGCAGCAUUGGUUAUAACCUGAAGAAAUAACAAUGAUGAAAAUGAAUGAAUUCAUAAUAAUGAAGAUAAUCUUAUACUAGGAAAAAAAAAAGACAGUGAAUCUAGUUGUUGUUUGUGGCAUGGUUAUGCAUUCAAUGGUCAUAAUUUUAAUGAUUAAAACUGAAAAAAAAAAACAACAAAAAAAAAAAACAUUCUUUUCCACUGGCACUGUUCUGCUGUUUUUGUUUUGUUUUCCACUUUUCAGUGUGCAGUAUUGCAGUUCCUCUUGCUAAUGGUGUUGCUAAGCUAGCUCGCUUGCUCAGUUGUUUACCACCAGAGCAAUAUAUUGUAGCAGUUUGACAAAAUCAAAACGUAAAACAAGAAAUCCAUUCUCGUAAAUUUCUGGCAUACAAGUGCAUGAACCUAUGAUUGCAAGUAGUAAGUGAUAUGAUAAUGGUGUUCUUUAUUGUUUAUCCUAAUAAAGCAGAUUUGCUGA